GCGGCACACUUCCAACCACUAUUUUGACAAUGACAUUGUAUUAAGUAAGGCUAUUUCUGCUGACUGUGACUCGAAUAAAAAACUCAACUCGUCAUUCUUCCAUAAUAAUAGCGUGACGUCAUGUCGUCCGCGGUUCUGCUCAAUGCAUGAAUAUAAUCACGGUGCAUAGUUGCUGUGAGCCCUACAGCUGUGUGUGAAUUUAUAAUCCCAUCAUGGCGGGAAGUGCAAUACUCGGUGUCGGGUUGUUAUACCUUCUCAUUGGCGCCAUGGAAGUUAACGCUGCGAACAUUCUAUUUUCAGGACUGUUCGGUGAAGGGAGCCAUUUCCUAUCUCAGAUUCCUAUUGCCAAGAGUUUAACGCAAAAAGGUCAUAAUAUCACACUGCUUAUCAGUGAAGAGUUCUCUCACAGGGCGAAAAACCCAGCGUAUUCGGGCUACCAUUUUGAGACAUUUACUAUAUCUGAUCAUCCGGGUCUUAUCCGGAGAACGACUGAAAAUUCUGCGCGAGUUGCGUUCGGUAAAACUACAAGUGUGAUCCAAAACAUGGAACUGCUACCAGCUAGCUUGUUUAUGACUAAAGAAGCAUGCAGAGCGGUCCUUUCCGAUACUCCAUUGAUGGAUCGAUUGAAAGAUAUCGAUAUGAUUGUGUUUGAUUUAACUUGGCCGUGUGGAAUCUACAUGAAAUCGUAUUUACUGCGGCAUAUGAACGCAUCAAGUAUCCGAGUGGCGGUGACAUCACCUAUGUCACCACUUCAAUAUCUGCAUGAGAUAGCUGGUUCCCCGUUCAAUCCUUCAUAUCAACCCACAUUCGCCACAGGGUACUCGUCAUCAAUGUCGUUUACACAAAGAUUCGGAAACGUCAUCAACUGGGCAAUCAUUCACCAUUUGGGGAAGAAUCGCGUCUUUGAUUGUUUUAGCGACUUGCAAAAGGAAUUCGAUUUGGAUUCUGAUUUAGGAAUGUCAAGUUCUUUUUACUACCAGACCAUCGAUCUUUACCUCAUGAACAUAGACUUUGCGGUGGAGUUUCCUUUCCCGCUGAUGCCGAAUGUAAUUGCCGUUGGCGGGCUUACGUCGGGACCAGCGAACCAUUUAAGUGAAGAUCUAGAAGACUUUAUGAACAGUUCUGGGGAGGAUGGCGUCAUCCUGUUCUCCCUAGGAACUUCCGUGUCUACUUUUGCUUCAACACGAUCUGACUUGAUGGAAAUGUUUUUUGACGCAUUCAGUCGACUCCCCCAGAAGGUCAUAAUGCAAUUGAAAGACUCCCAGCGAUUUAAAAUUCCCUCCAAUGUUAAAGCGUUACCAUGGAUACCACAGAACGAUCUCUUGGGUCAUUCUAAGACCAGGGUCUUCAUGUUUCAAGGUGGUAAUAAUGGUUUCCAGGAAGCACUGUAUCACGGCGUUCCUUUAGUUGUAAUACCUUUUCAAACUGAUCAACCUGAUGUAGCUUCGAGGAUUGUAUCGCGAGGACUUGGGGUUAAACUCGACAAAAAACUCCUCAGUACUGAUCUCAUUCAGCAAAAACUUUCCGAAGUUAUCCAGAAUUCAUCUUACAGCAUCAUCGCCAAACGUCUAUCUGCCAUUUUUAGGGAUCGACCGUUGAGACCAGCAGAUCGAGCUGCGUUCUGGAUUGAACAUGUCCUCAAACAUGGCGGAAAAUACAUGCAAUCACCUUCUCAUGAACUCUCCUUCAUUCAAUUGUACCUUAUAGAUGUUGCACUUUUCGUUACUGGCAUAAUUUUGGUCAUAUUUUAUUUAAUCUAUAGGACAUGCAAACUUUGCAGGAGAUGUUGCUGUCGAUCAAAAGUUGUCAAAAGCAAGAAAGACUGAAUAAGUGAUGACAUUCUUUGUUUUAAAUUGACUGUAAUAAGCUACUGAUAUGAAUGACUUUCUGAAAC